GCCCCUGCUCGCGCGGCUGGCGGGCGCGCGGCCCUGCCCCGCCUCAGCGCGCCCCGGGAAAAGCGGGCUGGAGAGGGCGCAGGUGCGGGGCAGGCCUGGGCAUCACAGGGCUGAGGGCGCUGGCUGCGGGCGGACAUGGCAGCCCUCGCUUCGUGAAUGCUGGUAGCCGACCCCCCGCCGCCGAUGGCCGAAGCCUGGAGGCUGGAGGAGGACGAGGAGGAGCUGCGGGAGCUGGGCAGGAGGCACCGGAGGGUCGCCCUGAGCUCGGCGGCAGAUCGCUCUGAACGAAACAAACCAGACUGCCGCUCUUCAGGCCAAGGACCCUUGUCAUCCAUAAGAGCAGCAAUCAAGAGAUCUUCUCGGACCUCUAGCCAUAGUGAACAGCAAAGAGAUAGAAGACGUCCUGAAAUUACUAUUGUUGCUGCUGAACCCCUCCGGACAUCCUCCUGGUUUCCAGGUGCAAGCCCUGUCACUCCUCAUGGAUUAGGAUUCCCUUCUGCUUCAUCUCAUGCUCAGUGGAGGAGAAAUGACCGUAUUCCAGCUGAGCUUCCACCGUCAUAUGAGCAGGUGAUAAAAGAAAUUAACCAAGUGCGAGUCAACACAACAAACAACAAUAAUGCUGCUGCUCCUAGACAUACCACUACUUCUGCAACACAAACUGACUUUCCAGAGGAACUCACCAGCCACUUGCCAGGAAGUAAUGUAGAAACUAGUGUGCCUACACACUGGGAACCUGCAGGCUAUCCAGGGCGGAGUCCUCUUAAACCUCCUCGGCCUUCUGCGUCUCUCCUGAAUAGGCCUCCUUCAGAAAAUGAGAAUUCCUUAAUAGUCUUUGAAACUUCUGAAGGUCAGAGGUGCCAAGAAAAUCCCAGUGCUGUGAUACGUCCUGUGCCAAAGCCGAGAUCGAGAAGCAAUCUCAGACCUGUGGUCAAAAAUACUGAAAAUAAGACAGACAAUGCAGAAGAAGUGUCUACCACACCUUUCUUAGAUGACAGCUUGCUAGACAAUCAGUUGGCGAUGGACAGCAUGAACACAGAAAAGAGCCAAAAUAGUAUUGUUUCAAGGAUCAAAGUGUUUGAAUCCCAAGGAACUAAUGAUACCUCAGGAUUAUCAAAAAAGCCAGAAAUUGCCCCUCGUUCGUUCCCUCCAAGACCUGUUACUGCAAAGAAACCAGAGGUUGCUCCAAAGCCAGGUGUAAGCAGAAUUUCAGGAGACUGGGAUGCAUGCACAGAAAGCAAAUCAUCACCUUCUAAGGAAUUGCAGCCUCAACCUGAAGAAUCUGGGAGCAGUGUUGGAACUAAACCUGAACUGCCAAAGAAGCCAAAACCUGGCCUUGUUAAAAGUAAUAGUAGUGAUUUUCUUGAUGCAAGGAGUGGAUCAGUUGCAGAGAACAAUAAUGGACAGAAAAAAUAUCCUGUUCCCACUCCAAGGCCUCUCGUUCCUAAAAAGUCAUGUUAUACAGAAAAUCCUGCCCUUUCCCUGGCCUUGCUAAAACCAACUGCUGCUCCCCCACGAGCUUCCAUGUGUGCCCAGGAGAAGGGUUUCAAGUCUCUGGGGGAAUUGCCAUCCUCAGCCAACUCUUCAGCACCUGCUUCACAAAAACUAGAUGUGGAAGGAGAUCUAAUCAGUUUCGAUGAUGACGUUUUGCCCCUAAGUCCAGCUUGCGUGGCUAAAGAGAGCAUCAGUUCUGAAGCUGCAGCAGAUCCAUUUCAAUUCCUCACCAAAAGUGAACCUGCAAAGGAACAGACAGCUCAACCAGCUUUAGCCCGGAAGCCCACUGUGAUCCGAAUCCCUUCUAAACCUGGGAAAUCUUUAAAUGAAGUUAUGCAUAGUCCUCCACCACUUCCUGCUGAAAAGCCUAUUGGGAAUACCUCUGAUAUCACAGUGGGAAAACCCAACAGUGGUGACCUAGUGAGAAAAGUGGAGUUGGGUCAUUCAGAACAGAGCGGAGUGCCUCAGUUAGAACCUGUACUGCUCGCAAGGCCUGUGAAUGGAAAAAUUAUACCUGCACGACCUCCCCCACCUAAAGGUAUUCCUGGAAGGCCACCUCCCCCAAAAUUCUCUGCAACCAAGACCUCCUCAAAGAAGGAUGCUCUAUCACGAUCUACUUCUGACAUAGCUUCUGAUAAAAAAUCCAGCAAGUUCAGACUGGGACCCAAGAGAGCAAAAAGUCAAGUCUUCAGAAAUCCAGAUCCUGCAUUACCUCCUAGGCCCAAACCUGGUCACCCUCUCUACAAUAAAUACGUGCUGCCUGUGCCUCAUGGAGCUGCCAAGGAAGAUUGUCUUCCCAGGAACACUGGAGAACUGUCCUGUAAGGAUUCAAACUGCCCUCCAAAAGUUUCUGACACAAGUGCACCUCAUGCUGUAGUCCUGCAUGAUUUUCCUGCAGAGCAUCCUGACGACUUGGACCUCCGUGCUGGAGACACUGUUUGUCUUUUGGAAAAAAUCGAUAGUGAGUGGUACAGAGGAAGAUGUGGGAAUUGCACAGGGAUAUUUCCUGCCAGCUUCGUUAAAGUAGUGACUAAUGUUCCAGAAGAAGGCAAAAGGAAGAAAAUACCCUGUCCAUCACAGUAUGUUAAAGGCCCAAGGUGCAUAGCACGGUUUGAGUAUAUCGGAGAUCAGAAAGAUGAGCUCAGUUUUUCAGAAGGUGAAACUAUUAUGCUUAAAGAAUACAUAAAUGAAGAGUGGGCCAAAGGAGAGCUCAGAGGCACAUCUGGAAUUUUCCCCUUGAACUUCGUGGAAGUACUUGAAGAUUUGCCUGGAACAGGUACAGGAGCAGCACCGAAGAACAAGGUGGAGGAUGCUUCUUCCCUUCCUCAGAACAACAGAUGCUCUGCAGAGUGGUGUGAAGCACUCCAUGAUUUUACAGCAGAAACCAAAGAUGAUCUAUCCUUUAAAAAGGGAGACUACAUCCAAAUACUGGAGCAAGUAGAUUUGCAGUGGUAUAGAGGAAGACUGAAUGAAAAGGAGGGGAUUUUCCCAGCAGUUUUUGUUCAGACCUGCUCAGCCAGGACAGAGCUGUCGCAGUCUGUAGGAGGGAAGAAAGGAAAAGCCAAAGCUCUUUACGAUUUUCAUGGAGAAAAUGAAGAUGAGCUUUCCUUCAAAGCAGGUGAUACAAUAACAGAGCUGGAAUCUGUAGAUGAAGACUGGAUGAGUGGAGAGAUACAAGGAAAGUCUGGGAUAUUUCCCAAGAACUUUGUUCACGUUUUAAAAACACCAUGAAGUGUUGCCUCUCUGCAUACUCCCUACACAUGGGAGAGAAUGUUUUCCACCCUAAAGGCACAGCCAAGACAACAACCUGUUCUGACUGUUUUGCACUACUUUUUCUAGACAGUCAUACUAGUAUCUUGAAGUCAAAUAAGAAAAUGUUAGCCUUCUGUGACAGUGUAUGUAGUCAUGCUUCAUGAAUGCUCCAAGAGCAAACACAAGCAGGAUUCUCAGUGGUUUCCAGCUAGGGAAAUCCUGUGGUGCAACACCGUUUUAACUUAAAAUAGCAUUCUAGUAUGUUUACUGUCUGGUGUUACAUUUAUCAUGCACAAACCCUGCAUAAACUAAGGUUCUUUGCUCUUUAAAAUUUUAAAGAUCGUUUCAAAGAUAUAAAUACAGCAUUCAAUAUGUAGAUCAACUUCAAUAUUCAGGUUUCAUUACUGCUUGACUUCCACAUUAGCAGUGGAAUCCACUUGGUUUAUGAUUUAGAGGAUAAGGAAGGUAACUGUUAUUUCAUAGUAGAAAAAUAUCCAGCCCAAUACUAUUAAGAGGCUAAACUCAGAAGCAAAUCCUGGUGUAGUGUUCUUCUAUUCUUAGCUCAAACUGCUCCUAAGGGAAGACCACACAAGUAAAACGUUGUGUUUUGCCUCUUCAUGAAUAAUGUCCAAACAGGUAUGAAUCAUCUUAGACCUUCCUCUCUUGCCCCCAAACCUUUUCCAGGUAGAGGUUUAGAUUUUUCUGCUGUCCACUGUCCUUUGAGCCAUCAUCGAUCACACCCUUCUUUCCCAGCUGAAGUUAGUUGUAUCAGACAGCAUUUACUGAGCUUUCUCAAACCCUCUCCAUGCAGUAGCUGCAUUAUUCCAACUAUUUGCCUCUCCACCUCCUUUAGGUAAGUGGAAAGCCAGUCUACACUCAGCCUGUGCGUCAUUUAUCACUCGAGCACUGGAACAUACUUCAGUAACACUAUUCCUAUCUUUAACAUGAAGGAUAUUAUACAGCCCUGGGUUUAAGCUUUCAGCAGACAUGGGAUUAGUUUCCAGUUUGUUACCAACUAUACUGUACAUAAUUGUAAGGGGUCUGUCAAGGCCUAAAGCAAAAGAUGCCUGGCAAGAAGUUACAACAAAGACAUUUAGUUAAAAGUAGCAUCAUGACUUGAACAACAAACUAAGACAAACAUAAUUGAGGUAGCUUCACAUUAUAGGCACUCCUCAUAGUAAAUUGCAACACUUGACUUCUGGCAGAAUAGUUAAAUGCAUCUUGAUUAACUGCUAACUUCAUCAGAUUGGAAUAGAAAAAAAAUUAGGCUGCAGCUGCCUCUUUCACUCCUAACAGUAUUCUGUCACUUGUACUAUUCAGCAAAAGCAAGUGUUAAGCUAUUAGCAUGAGUCAUUACAUCAGAGAGAUGCAGGUCACCACAAACCAAGACACCCUCAAUUUUGCAAGAAUUUUCUUUGUGGGUCUGCAAGGGCCAACAGGUGAGAGGCAGCUGGAUACUAGAACCACCAUGACUGACAAAGAGGGUUUUGACUUAGUCAUGUGCCUCCUACAUCUUUAUCAACAGGAAGUCUUAAGCAUUAUAGCAAGAAAUACCUACUGCAAUAGAAGGUCGAAGUGCACCUAAAUUGUAAGGGUAGCCUUCCCCUCCCCAUGCGCUGCACUAGGGGUCAGGCAGAACUGAACGGAAGGGCUCUCCCCCUCAGCAGGAAACAAGCAUCCAGUCUUGGAAGCAGACCUGACCUCACAUGAAGCAAGCCUGAGGAACCUGCAGUAGACAUGAGAUCCUUGGCACUCUUUCACUCUGCAGUCACUGUUACAGUGCUUUCAAAUACAGACACAAGCCUUAGCCUUCUGUUAUUUUAUCCUCAAGAAGCAGUAUGUGUUUAAACUGCACCAAUACCAUUCACAUCGUCAUGGGAGGAAGAUCAGGCAGGUUUAAUGGGCUGAGAACUGGAUUUCUACUUUCAUUAAGGCAAUUAACAUUACAAAACCAGUUAUGUUAUAUGCCAUUCUUGAGAGGGAGAAACACGACAAUCUACACCACUAUUAUUCAGAUUUACAAUCCCAAACACACCUAUCCAGAACUCCUGUGGAACAAAACCUUAAUGCAAACCCACCUGAGAGGACAGCCUUUCCCACUCUCCAAGCUCUCCUGCCAGGAGAUUCCAACGGCUCAGUCUGCAUUCCAGUAAGAGAGAGAUCUUCUUCUGGAGAAAUCUGACAACACAAAUGCAUAGCUAGCUAGCUUUCCUGGCUUUUGCAAGCCCAAAGACUUUCAACUAUGGACUUUCAGUGGAUCACCCUUUUAAAACAGGCUUCUUCCCCCAUGAUCUGUGCCAACAACUCCCAAACCUCCAAUGGGCACAGCAGGGGGGAACACCUGAACCCAUACCAACAGAAUACUCAUAUACCACAUCGCUGUGGUAGCAGGUGAGGCUUAGGUAUGUGAUGUUUACUUACUGUUUGUCUGGCAGUUUUCUAAGAUUUUGAUACAAGUCUCAAAAGUAGAGCUGAGUUUUUAUAUUUUUUUCCAACUUCCUCUUUUUCAUUUUUAUAACUGUGUAUUGACCAGUUGUUUUUGUAGCUUCCACUGAAUGUUUAAAGUCAGUGCCUGUCAGUAGGUAAGACCACUCUCGAUCAUAACUGCCCUGUGAAUGCAGAGCAGGAGUAGCAAAGCCUUACAUUCAGAGCAAGGAGUGCCAUCUGAAGGCUGCUUGCGUUGCUGCAGGCAGCUAAAGCAGCGUAUUUUAUUACAACUGAAACAAGUUAAAGGCUUGGCUUUUACAGGAAGGGAUUUUCUUAAUGCUCGGUAUGUCUAAUACCACCAUGAAACUUCAUACAGAUCAGAAAAACAGAUUCCUAAGGUGUACAGGAUAUAAUUUAGAAAAAAACCCCAACACACAAACCCUGAGAAUGAGGUGGAGCACAAAUCGUAACUGCAAUGUAGUUGCAAAAUUCAGCUAGGCCCCCGUACAUUCCUAUGAAAAUUAAAGCCUCAUUUAUGAAAACAUUCUCUGUCUGACCUGCCCAAAGGCAUCUUUCUCCUGUGUAGAAUUAAUGGUGUCCUAAAUAAAACCUUUAAGUCCAGUAAAUUUGUUAUGGUACCUCUGUAAAUUAAGAAUGUAUUUAACCAAUAAAUUUUUUUAUAAUUAA